UACAAUUUUCCACCACUUAUAUUAAAAUACGUAAUGUACUAUCCGUGUUCCGAUCACAAUAAAAAAAUUCUCCCACAUCCCACCUUCAUCACUUUUGCCAACAGAAUCUAUUUGUUUAUAUUUUGCAGCUUUAUACAUCCCUCCUAAAAAUGCUCCCAUAUUCUUUCCAUCCUCUAUAUAAUAACUCAUUUUCUUCUCCCUCUCCCUCUCCCUGAUCAGCAUGGAAUGCUACUCAUCCGAUCAGUACCCAGUUAAUGACCUCUCUGACCAAUCAGAGUUUCCCUACAUUUCUCAGCCAAGUUUCCAGUCAGUUCCUUCACUCAACUCACAAAACAACUUUCCAACAAACACUUACCACCACUGCCUCACCACCUUGCAAGGCCACAACUCCUACAUAUCCUCUCUAACCCUAGCCGGAAACUUCAUCUACACCGGCUCGUCCGAUGGAGAAAUCCGGUCGUGGAGGUGCAACCCUUUACUGGAAUUCGACAACAGAAACACUACUCAUCAUGAUCACAACAUGGUGGCGGCAGGAAAGGGUGCAGUGAAGUCCCUGGCUAUUUCAGGUGACAAGCUCUUUAGUGCUCAUCAGGACCACAAGAUUCGAGUGUGGAAAAUCGACAGCCAGGAGCCCAAUCUCCAAAAGUGCUCGCGGCUAGCCACGCUGCCAACGCUUGGUGACCGCGCUGUGAAGCUCCUGAUGCCAAAGAACCAUGUCCAAAUAAGAAGGCACAAGAAGCGCACUUGGGUGCAUCAUGUUGACACAGUGUCUGCCCUAGCCUUAUCAAGCGAUGAGCUGCUGCUGUACUCGGUUUCAUGGGACCGUACACUCAAGGUUUGGAGCACAGCAGACUUCAGAUGCUUGGAGUCUGUGAGAAAUGCACAUGAUGAUGCUAUAAACGCAGUAACAUCGUCUAAUGAUGGAUAUGUUUACACUGGAUCAGCAGACAAAAGAAUUAAGGUUUGGAAAAAAGACUUCGGAGAGAAAAAGCACUCUUUAGUUGCUACACUGGAAAAGCACAAUUCUGGAGUGAACGCACUAGCUCUGAGCAGUGAUGGGUGUGUGUUGUAUUCUGGUGCAUGUGACAGUUCCAUUGUGGUUUGGAAGAAUAAAGAUGGGGGUGGGAAUAUGGAAGCUGUGGGUGUGCUUAGAGGUCAUACCAAGUCAAUAUUGUGUUUGGCUGUGGUUGCAGACUUGGUGUGCAGUGGCUCUGCAGAUAAAAGUAUAAGAAUUUGGAGAGGGGUUAAUAAAAGUUACUCAUGUUUAGCAGUUUUGGAAGGGCAUAAAGGUCCAGUUAAGUGUUUAACUGCUGCAAUUGAUGACCUUUGCAGCUCAUCUGGUUCCUCCUGUGUUAUUUACAGUGGUGGUUUGGACUGUGACAUCAAAGUCUGGCAGGUCUUUGUUCCUAGUGACCUUUAAGACUCCAAUUUACUUUUCUACAAGAAGAACUUCCAUGCACUUAAAAUUUUACAGUGACGGUAUUUAAAAACAAUCACAAACUUUUUACUGUUCACGUAAAAAAUGUGUGAUUGUACUGAGAUACCGUCACCAUGACAUUCUAGAUUGAGUAUUGUGUUAGCUAGUGAUUUGGUUUAGUUAGUGAGGGGAGCAGAUUAUGUCUGUACUUUCUUCUAUAGCUCUAGAGGCUAUAAACUACAAUAUCAUAAAAGAGAGCAAAUAAUUUAUGAGCUUUCCCUCUGUGUGCUCUAAUUA